AUGGACCACGAAAAGCGUGAAGACAGUUCUUCAAGGGAAGAGGUAAUCGAUAUCAAUUAUGUGGAUAACAUCGAAGCCUCAGCAGUGAAUGAAAAGGCUUUGAUUCGCAAAGUCUACUGGCGUUUACUCCCAAUUCUGGGGGCCUUGUAUGCCAUUGCUUUGAUUGACCGUGUCAAUAUAUCCAAUGCGCGUGUAGCCGGAAUGAACAAGGAGCUGGAACUACACAGAGGAUCACGAUAUACCAUUGCCCUGCUUGUCUUCUUCAUUCCGUAUUUAAUUUUCGAGGGGUUCGUGAACAGCUACGAAGCUCUUACUGCCCUACGCUUCCUCUUAGGAUUCUUCGAAGCCGGUAUGCUUACAUACGACCAACAACGACAGGAACAAAAGCAACGGCUGAUUUUGAAAUUCUCCAUAGGGUUUUUUCCUGGCAGCGUGUACCUAAUAUCUUGUUGGUACAUUCGGUAUGAAAUGCAAACACGGUUCGUAGACCUAGUCUUCCAUUCAGAAAAUCUCGGUAACCAGCAUAAGUACUUACUCAGUGCUGCUAGGCUUGCUGCAUUUUACCUAUUUUCCGUCCUUGUGGGAGGCUUCUCUGCUAUUCUCGCAUAUGGCCUCAUGCAGAUGGAAGGGCUACGGGGCUACCUUGGCUGGAGGUGGAUUUUUAUCAUUGAGGGUCUUCUCACGCAAGUUGUGGCAAUAAUUUCAAGGUUCCUGAUCAUUGAUUUCCCGGACAAACCUCAAAAGACCGGUUUCCUGACAGAACAAGAAGCUGUAUUUAUUGAGAACCGCAUUGAGAAGGAUCGCGCUGAUGCGGUCAAUGACCCCCUGACUUGGGCGAAGUGUGGAGAACAUUUGAAGGAUCUUAAGCUGUGGGCGUUUGCUUUAAUGUUCAUGUCAACUACAACGCCUGCAUACGCCUUUGCUUAUUUCUCACCAACUAUUAUUCAAGGCCUGGGAUAUAGCGGAGGAAUCGCAAAUCUCCUUUCUGCACCUCCUGUUAUUUUUGCAGUUAUCUCCGCGUACUCCUUUGCCUUGGUGGGAGACAAGUACCGCCUCCGUGGCCCCAUUAUUGCAGCGCAGUGUAUCAUUAGCAUCGUCGACCUUAUGAUCACUGCAUACCACGCGAAACCCGGCGUUCGCUACUUUGGCAUAUUCCUCGGCACUGCUGGGUGUCAAGGAAACGUCCCUGCCAUCCUCGCCUACCAAUCUAAUAAUAUCCGCAUGCAGUCGAAGAGGUUUGUUGGAAGUGCAUUGCAAAUUGGAUUCGGUGCCAUUGGAGGCAUCAUUGCCUCGACGACGUUCCGUGAGGUGGAUGCCCCCAAAUAUGAGCCCGGAGUACUCCGGUUUUCAACAUCUAGGACCAAUGUCACCCUGUCAACAGGCUGCGGACCGAGAGCCCUGCAAAUGGAGCCCACUUUACGGGGGAUUCGCAAGCAUGAGUUCAUGACGUCGAGUGGGUUGACUACUACUAGCUUUUUCGGAGCUGUCGGCUAUUGUGAUGACCUUAAACCACUGCGUACAUUGGUUGCUGGUUCCGGUGGGACUGAAUUACCAUUCAAGUUGUGGAGUUUCGCGGGUGGUCCACGCCCAGCUCGCGGGGGAGAGAACUAUCUGCCGAAAUACGAACCAAGUGUGAAGACGGCGGAUAGGGUCCAGAUUUCCUACAUCAUUAUUACUUGA